CGCCUGCCGCUGAAUGCCUCCGUUUUGUGCGCGCGUGUGACUCCAGAAGGCGCUUUAACGCCGCAUCAUCGAUAGGGUGCUGAAGUGGACAGCUCCCCACACUGAUUCACUAACCAAACAAAAACACGGCGCUCCUCGUGAGGGCUCUGACGCUUCGAAUCUCCCCCCUUUUCAACUCUGAACGAAGAUCUCUGUUUUCAUCCUGUCAAAUUUUGGACUUAUUUUGUGCCGCUGACGAGAGAGCGGCUGCUUUCUCCGCACAAACACCAGUUCGGCGGAUGUUUUGACACCUGUAGCUGAAUCUCUUUCUCUCUCUCUCUCUCAUCCUUUCGCAUGCGUCCUGCAGGAGAGGUGCACUGGCGCUGUUUGAUCUGUGUGGAGUGGAGAGGCGCAAAGGUAGCCUAAAGCCAUUUACGAACGCAUUAAUUUCUAAGCCGCUCUCGGUGUGCGCCUGCACACAGGAAAGAGCAUGGAUAGAGAGGAAUUUGCUCUGACUGGUGCGCUGAGGGUAUUUGUAUUGCUGGGAAUGUAGAGCUGUGGAAACUAAACUAAGGACAGCGUCUGAAACACCGCUUACCCAUACUAACAGCUCGAUAUUUCUCUUCAAGCCGUAUUAGUUAUUAUUUCAUAAACCUGUGAAGAUACAAGUAUUGAUUUUUUUUUUAUCAGCAAUGGGAAAAGAUGAGUGUAAAACAAUGCUGGACGCCUUGAACAAAGUGACCGCCUGCUAUAGGCAUUUGGUCAUCGCCCUAGGAAGCACCUCGGACUCGCAGAACCUACGGGAGGAGCUGAAGAGGACCCGCAAAAAGGCCCAGGAGCUGGCCGUGGCCAACAGGACUAAGCUGACCUCUCUGCUUAAAGACAAGAGCAUCAGCAAAGAUGACCGGGCCGAGUACGAGCGCCUCUGGGUGCUCUUCUCCAGCAGCAUGGAUCUGCUGGAGGUGGACAUGAAAAGGUCCCUGGAGAUAGGGCAGGAUUUCCCCCUCAAGGUGCCGACGAGGCACCUCAUCCAGACGGGUAUGACCGGCGGCACCACCGCCGUGGCGGCCCGGGCCAUGAGUGUGCAGAACAUGAAGUACGAGGUGGACAGCAACAUCGACACGACGGACCUCCGGGAGCUGCAGUCCGAGAUCUGCCAGGUGAGCCAGAUGAUGGAGGAGAUGGAGAUGAAGGUGCAGGUAGCGCCGUGGGCCGUGGAGGCGAAGCAGGAGGCGGGCGCGGAGCUCAAGUCCAACAUGAGUGUGGGCAACUCCUCCGUGGGUGUCAUCUCCAUCUGCGAGGACGAGCCCAAAGAAGAAGACGGUGGAGGCAGCAGGGACACUGGCUUUGCAUCCAUCUGCGCCGUGGUCGGAUUCUUUAUCAUCGUUACUGUCGCUGUGGUUCUAGGAUAUCUGGUCAUCAACAUGUCCUGAACCACACUGUGACCAACAAACAGCACACACUGAAGACAGACACCCUGCGAGGCUGCCCACGGUCCUGGGAGCGUGGGUAAGAGAGCCUGCAACUCCACGCGAGAGAGAGGCAGCUUUUUAUGGACACGUUAUUGAAUUAAUCUUUCUCGGAUUUGUGAAUGUAACAAUGGAAUCGAGGAGUUGCACUAGAUUAAGGGUAGAUCAGCAACUUAGUGUUUCACUCUUAGACAGUGGCGUGCACAGAUAUUUCACGGGGCAGGGGCUCAAGUUAAAAAGGGCACACUCAUUAUUAUGAAUUGAAAAAAGGCAAAAAAAAAUUAUUAACAUGUCCUGCCCAGCAUCUUGGGUAUGCAGUGUGUAAAGAGUCUGUCAUACUCAACCUGUGUGAUGUGAAGUGAGGCUACCAGACUGGACACAGGGACGGGGUUUGGGGUGUGGGAUUAGGGCUGGGGGGUAGACAGAAGGUAACGGCUUGAUGACCUGGGUUAAUGCAGAUGUUUCAUAGGCCAACUCCACAAAUGGCUGUUGUCUUGCAGAAAUUACAACCGAAAUGCAAUUUCUUGGACAUUGUUGCACUGAGAGCUAAUGAUAUGGGCCAUAUGAAAACCAACUGUCUGCGCGUGUCUAUUUUCUGAGCGAACAAAGUAUUCUGUGGGGCCAAAAGGGAGCAGACUUUUUUAGGGGAUGGGGGUGGAAGACACAACAUUACGUGACAGUGUCUGGCCAUCAGGAUGAUAUAAACAAAGCGUAAUCCAAGUGGAUUAGUGGAGCAGCUCAAGCAUAAAUGCAGCCUCCUGUUAAGCAUUCCCCUCAAUGUUCUGCUGAUUGAUGCACUUAAUUUAUGAUUUUAUUCCAGCUGAGGUGAUUGUGAUCAAAGGAGCUGAGGAACCACAGAGUCAGAGAGAUGUAAAAGUUCAAACUUUAGAGUUGAUGUCACAGUUAACCUUUGCUCUUCACAUCACACGGGCUGAAUGUGAACAGAACAGCAUUGUCCUGUUAACACAGUUUGACUACAUUAUAAAAGCCUGUACAGGCAGAUUGUGGUCUAGACUAGAAGCGGACAUCCCGUUGCAUCACAUCUCAAUAUGCUCCAUGAGGGUCUUGGGUCAUAAGAGAUGUCCACAGUCUUUUAAAAAUGUUCACUCCAAGCAUUGUCAUGUUCCUUUACAGGGUUUUUUUCUUGCAGUCAGAAUGUAUAUAUUGCAACAUGAGAACAGAGGGUUUGUAUGUGUCAGAUAAUGUACAUAUACAAUCAGGUAUAUUUAUGAUAAUAAAACUUUGAAACACACUUGAAAA